CUGGAGCACCAGGCCUUCAAGACGGCCUUCGACCGUCCCAGGAGGGCCCCAGGACGGCCCCAGACCGCUCCACGACGGGGUCGGGCGCGGGGAGCCUGGCCCAGGGGCGGGCCGCGCCGUCCUCCGCAGGAGCUAUGGCCCCCCGGAGCGCCGCCCGCCGCCCCGCCCUCGCGGCCUGCCUCGCCCUCGGCCUCGCCGCCGCCCUCGCCGCGCGCGCCGCGGGCUGCUUCCUCCCCGCGCACCGCGCGCCGCCGCGCCCGGCCGGCGCGGCCGCGCUGUCGGCCGCCGUGCUCUCGGGCGCCGCCGCGCCGGCGCUCGCCAACGAGGGCGCCGAGGCACCCGAGGGCUUCCUGAACUUUGGCAAGGUCCCGCUGGGGGGCGGCUUCGAGCUCAACCUCGACAUCCCGGAGACCGGCAUCGUCAACAUUGCCGUGCUCAUCGCGGGCCUCCUCUACCUGCUGGGGCCCCUCCUCAGUGAGUCGAUGGCCACGCGCGAGAAGGAGAUCCAGGGCGACAUCGACGACGCUAUCGCCAAGUUCAACGAGGCGACCAGCCGCUUGGCAGAGGCGGAGAAGGCCCAGGCGCAGGCCAACGAAGUGAUCGCGGAGAUCAACGCGAGCAUCGACAAGGACAAGGCCGAGUUCGAGGCCACCCUGAAGGCCAACAUGGAGAGCACGCUCGCCCGCCAGGAAGCGGCCGCCAAGCAGGCCAUCAAGGACAUGGAGGAUGGUGCGGCAAGCCGCAUCGAGUCCUACAUCAGCACCACGGCGAUCGAGCGCGGGAUGAAGGAGCUGAAGGCCUUGGAUGCCAGCAAGAAGGACAAGUACAUGGAAAUGGCCAUCGAUGAGCUGUGA